GAAGGUUUGAUGCCGCAAGUGUAUUCAAAGAUGACGUAUUAUAUGUUCUUGGAGGUGCUAAUAAUGGAAAAUCCAUACCUGAAAUAUUAUCCAUCGACCUUACUACUUCAUUUACUAUUGAUUCACCGCCAUGGUCACAGUCACUAAAAGCCCCACCUUUGGCAUUUGUAUCAAGCGGAGUAGUACUUGGCGGUUAUAAUAAUAAUUUUAUAUUAGUUGUUGGUGGGUAUAUACAAGACCCAUUUAGUCAAUCUAUUAUAAAUAAUGAAGAAACUCUAAUAGUAUACGAUAUUCAACAUAAUGAUUGGAGAAGAGUAGCAAUGGCAACCGCGCCAGAAUUAAAUCAAAGAGUUAAAUUUAAAAUUUUAAGUGAUAAUAAUGGAAAUGCCUAUCUCCAUGGUGCACCGCAAACACCAAUAAUUGCGGAUGACUAUUCCUCUGUACUAUUGAAAGAUGGACGAAUGAUAAUCAUUGGAGGAUUUGGAGCUCCGGUGGACAAGGUUUUUGUACACACUAUUAGCCAGAUCGAAAUAUUUGAUACAAAUGAUAAUAUUUGGAGUAGACAAAUUGUACCGCAACCAAACGAAAUGACCGAUCACCAAACAUACACCAAACCAUUCCAAUGGAGAAUUCCUGUCAUUUCGGGAUUAGAACCUCCAUUGCUUAAUGAACAUUGUGCUGAACUUGUAGAAAAUAGAUAUAUAUUCAUUAUGUUUGAUAUGUAUGUUACUCGAAGAAGAAUCGAUAACAUAGUUAGCAACGAGCUAUACAUACUAGAUACAGAAAAUUAUUCAUGGAUUAAAAGUUUUAAACCGAAAUUGAGCAUUUCUAUUUUUUAUAAAAAGCAUAAAAACCGAUCGGGUACUGUUUCUACACAAGCCGAGAAUGCAAUAAGUCGAACUAACAAUUCUAAUGGAGAAAAUGCAAAUAUAAUGAUAUACCCAAAUUAUAUGUAA